UUGUCCGCGGUCCCUCCACCAUUUCGCUGCGUAAAGUCUCCUCCCCGCGACCGCUACAUUCUGCGCCGAAACCCAGGCUCUCCCGGUCCGUAUUUUAACUUCUUCCCACGGAGCUAGUGGUACCUCGUUGGGUACCGGGAGACGGUUUGGAUUACCGGCAUCAAGGAUUGAGUGCGAUUUUACGCGGAUGACGACUCCUUCAACGAGAAUUUAGUAAAAGAAAAUCGGUCGGAAAUUUCAGAAUAUGUGGAAGGGACCCUAAUUUCAGCAUCCUGGAAGUAGAAAGCACAGAAGAUCUGUGUCUCACACCACAGACAGGUGCAGUGUGUAGCCGGGGCAGCACAGAGGAAGGACGCUCUGGGGAGGAGGUGGUGCGGCAGCGUGCCCCUCCGGCUGUGGAUGUGCUGGGUGGCAACUCCCAGAAUGUGGCUGGGGAGUCUCCUCGGCAUGCCCCGCAGCUGGUCGCAGCUGCCCCCUGCCCGGUCCCUCCGUUCGCCAAUCUGCCCGCUGUGCCACCGCCGGAAAGCGCCGACGACUCGGCGUCCCUCGGCAUGGAGAGCGCCGCGCAUAACGACUUGCCUGAAAAGCUCCCGGUCGGAGUUUCGAGACUCUCGCCGGCGUCCCUCGGCGGGGACCGCGGAGGCUCCUCCGCUGAGAUGCAAAGGCCUCCGGCUCCCCUUUGUCCCACAGAUACACAGAUUGACAGCACAGUGCAAGAGGUGCAAUACGGGUCACAAACUGAUAAAGAGAAAAGCCCCUCGAAUAGUGAGACAAACCGGAUUCAGCCUCUCAGAGAAGGGGCUGGACUCAUUACGGGGACUAAGGAGAAACGGUCCAUCACGUUGGAAUACAAAGCAGAGACUGGAACAAAGGUGGAGCACACGGGUGGAAAUAUUCUCCUCCGACCCCAAUCUCAAAUCCGUUUCACAGCCCCGUCCCCGUCUGUCCCGCAAUCAAGUGUCGGAUUUAGAGUCCGAGACGCCGCAGAACGCGGGGCCCCGGGGCCGUCCGAUGGGGACCCGCCUGUCCAAGUACCUCCGCUUCCUUUACCCUCAUCGGGCAGCAGUGAGAUUAAACAAACGGACCUGUCAGAAACACAACAUAAAAUCAUCAAAGGCGUCUCGACGGAUGCCGGGGAGAUACAAACGGCAAACUCUUUGGAAUCGGUCGAGACCUUCGAGCAUGUCAAGGAGCUUGUCGACAGGCAACCUCCCUCAACUGAAGUACUUGAGACCACAAAGGCAGGAGAGCCGCUUCCUGGAUUACACGCUUCUCCUGAAAAUGAGGGCCAACUCAGAGGAGAGCGGUUGGAGGGCAGUGUGAGGGAAGGACAAGCCGACGUCUCCUCGUCUGACUUCACACUGCCAGAGGGUUCCUCAAAACCCUCUGCUUCGCCACUCCCGUUUGACACGGGUUUAGUCGUCUCACUGCAGGCGGAGCAGGUCGUCGAGGCGGAAACAUCUCAUCCCGAAACGGACACGACGACAACGACGACGACGCAUGCCGAGCUUGUGCAUUCAGCCGAGGCUCAAGAAAUCGUUGUUGUCAGAGAGGAGACGCAUAUCAGCGGCGACUGGACCAACAUGCACCUGAAUCAGAGUUACCUCCUGCAGCGGGAGGACGGCAGCGUCUGCCAGGCCGCCAUCGUCAACGAGCUGAGCGGCGACCUCUCUGCCGGGGAGCCGAAGCUGUACGAGGAAAGCGUGCAGGCGGACAUCGAGCUGGACGCGCAGCACGUGGAAGUGUACGAGUUCUGCACCCUGGUGGAGGAGGUUGCAGAGGAGACGGUGUGCGCCAGCAGCAGCGCCGGCGGCGCUCAGACGCCUCACUCUCCAGGAUACGAAAUGAACUUAUUCAACGCGUUGCUCGAACACACUGAGGAAUACACCGUCAAAGAGGACCUCGAAAGUGGCGCUGUCAUUAUUUCCCAGCAGCCCUUGCAUGCACGCGGUGACGCAAACGGUAACUCCCAUAAUUUGUCCGUACAAACCACGAGAGCGGUCGUGCAGCAUUUGGUAUUAGACGCUAACCCAAGUGAGGAUUGUUUAGUUGAAGUGGCCGCUGUCGCCUUGGAACAGAUGGACGGCGGCGCACAAAUGGCGACGCCACAUGUCGGUGACGCCCCGUCGGACCAAAUGGAGACGUGCGAUUCUCCCGUAGUGCGAACGGUGCCCGCAAAACAGGAAGCGCCAGCGACGGCUGCCGCGCUGUCUCUCGCGUCCCCGGUGGUCGCCAGCGGUGACGACGCGGGGACGGACUCGCCCGUGGCCGUUUCGUUGCGCGUUCGGCCCGCUCUCAAUCGGACCGUCGUAAGUGCCACAAGGCGCGAGGGCCCCGUCUACUCCCACGAAGGGACCAAAGCGGCCCCUGCUUUGACAAAGACUCCGUCACAGAGCAUGCAGAAUGUUGUUCUCGUGCCCACAGAAACCAAACCAGCAGCUCUCUGCGCCGCCCGCUCCCCUGGUCUCAUACACCCAAAGCUGCUCCUUCUCAAACCCGGAGAUGCCCCCGUCCUGAAACCCCCUCCCUCCCUUUUGGCGCUAGUGUCCAAGCCACAGAAUGCGGCCGGCAAGCUGGCCAAUGCCCACCGCUCGUGGUCCGGCUGCUCGCUUCAGCUCGCCCCGGCUGCGUCCACGAGCAAAUCUGACAACGAGGCCUUAACCGUUGCUAAAACUUCACGUGAAGCAGAUGUCGUCGCCUCUGCAGGCGGCGCAACGCCCGACGCCGGUGUCGACGACCCCAUCGGCCCGGCGGAUUCUCUCUACGAGGAGGAGGAGGAGGAGAGCGAGGAGAGCGAGGAGAUGGAGCAGGACGACGCGACUGGGGAAGCCGAGGCUCGGGACGCAACGUCGGGACAGAUCAGCAGUCCAGACGAAGGCAGCGACGAAGAACCGGACGCGGACAAAACGGAAAGCGAGAUGAUGACGCCCAGCUCUCCACUCAAGGUAGACCAGUGGAUAGCAGACGGCGCCACGGCGAACUCGUCUCCCGUCUCGCCCUCCACUUCCUCUCCUUACCCCGGCCCCUCGCCCGGCAGCGACUGGUCCGCCCAGCGGCGGGACAAGUCCUCGCCUCUCCGGGGGCCCCACGGGAAGUUUGUGUCUCCCGGGACCGUCGGUGGCUUCGGUUCCCCCUCUUCCACGCCGGAUCAGGUCACGCCUCAGCGACCCCGCGGAGAGCGCCACACAGACAUGGCGGAGCUGGCGAAACAUGAAGCGGACAUCGAGCAUCGAACCCAGUCGCUGAGGCGAGAGGGCUUCUGGUCGACGAAGCGUCUCACGCGCCUGACGGAGCCGCCGCGACCCAAAGUCCACUGGGACUACCUGUGUGAGGAGAUGCAGUGGCUCUCCGCCGACUUCGCCCAAGAGAGGCGCUGGAAGAGAGGCGUGGCUCGAAAGGUGGUACGAAUGGUGAUGAGACACCACGAGGACCUGAGGCAAAAAGAGGAAAAGGCCAAGAGGGACGAGCACUCUAAGAUCAGAAGAGUCGCCUCUUCCAUCGCAAAGGAGGUCCGGGCUUUCUGGAGCAGCGUGGAGAAGGUGGUGCAGUACAAGCAGCAGUCCAGACUGGAGGAAAAGAGGAAGAAGGCUCUGGACCUCCAGCUGGACUUCAUUGUCGGCCAGACGGAGAAGUACUCGGACCUCCUCAGCAAGUCGCUGGCACCCAGCAGGCCCGCUGAACCAGAACCAGAACCAGAACCCGCCCCCGAGACUCCCAAAAAAUCAGCGCCACCUGCAACUGAGGAAGAUGACAGAGACUUCGAGCCUCCCUGUGAGGAGGAGGACGACGAGGAGACCCUGGAGGUGGAGGAGCAGCAGGAGGGCAACGACGCCGAGAGCCACCGGAGGGAGAUUGAACUGCUGAAGGAGGAGGGCAUGCUGCCCCUGGACCAGUUACUCAGCACCCUCAAACUCUCACAGGAGACGGGCUCCGAUGGAGAAGGCUCUGAUGAAACCUCUUCAUCGGUGGAGGUGGAAGAGGAAGACGGGGAAUUCACUGCCAACGAAGAAGAUGCUCGGGACGAGGAGGACACCAUCGCUGCCCAGGAGAAGGUGGAGGGGAACCUGGAUCACGCGGAGGAGCUGGACGACUUGGCCAAAGAAGGCGACAUGAGCGUCGAGGAGUUGCUGGAGAAGUACAAAGGAGCGUACGCCUCAGACUUUGAGGCGCCGUCUGCAUCCGGCUCCAAAGACGGCUCUGAUUCAGAGGUGUCUGGGGACGAGGAGGAGGAGACCGACGAAGACGAGAGCGAUGUGGAAAGCAACAGUUCCUCCUCCGAUUCACAGGGAGAAAGCGGGGAGGAGGACGACAGUGAGAAUGACGAGGGGGAGGAGAGCGAGGAGGAGGAGGAGGAGGAGGAAGAUGACGACGACGGCUGCGAGGAUGAAGGGAUGGAGGUCCUCCUGAAGGAGGGGGACAACAGCCCGCCUUCCUCCAGCAUACGGCCGAAGAAAGAGAUCAGCCACAUUGCUGCGACCGCAGAGAGCCUGCAGCCUAAAGGCUACACUCUGGCUACGGCGAAGGUCAAGACCCCCAUCCCGUUCCUGCUUCACGGCACGCUGCGAGAGUACCAGCACAUUGGACUCGACUGGCUGGUCACCAUGUACGAGAAAAAGCUGAACGGCAUUCUGGCUGAUGAGAUGGGUCUGGGCAAGACCAUCCAGACCAUCGCUCUGCUGGCUCACCUCGCCUGUGAAAAAGGUAACUGGGGCCCUCACCUCAUCAUCGUGCCCACCAGCGUGAUGCUGAACUGGGAGAUGGAGCUGAAGCGCUGGUGUCCCGGGUUUAAGAUCCUCACUUACUUCGGCAGCCAAAAGGAGCGAAAGCUAAAGAGACAGGGCUGGACGAAGCCGAACGCCUUCCACGUGUGCAUCACCUCCUACAAGUUGGUGCUGCAGGAUCACCAGGCGUUCCGGCGAAAGUCUUGGCGGUACCUGAUUCUGGACGAGGCGCAAAACAUCAAGAACUUCAAGUCCCAGCGCUGGCAGAGCCUGCUGAACUUCAACAGCCACCGGCGCCUGCUGCUGACGGGGACCCCCCUGCAGAACAGCCUGAUGGAGCUGUGGUCUCUCAUGCACUUCCUCAUGCCCCACGUCUUCCAGUCCCACCGCGAGUUCAAAGAGUGGUUCUCCAACCCGCUGACGGGGAUGAUCGAGGGCAGCCAGGAGUACAACGAGGGGCUGGUGAAGAGGCUGCACAAGGUGCUGAGGCCCUUCCUGCUCCGGAGGAUCAAGAUCGACGUGGAGAAGCAGAUGCCCAAGAAAUACGAGCACGUGGUGCGCUGCCGCCUCUCCAAGAGACAGCGGUUCCUCUACGACGACUUCAUGGCUCAGGCCUCGACCCGGGAGACGCUGGCCAGCGGUCACUUCAUGUCUGUGAUCAACAUCCUCAUGCAGCUCCGCAAAGUGUGCAACCACCCGAACCUGUUCGACCCGCGACCCAUCCAGUCCCCCUUCAUCACCAAGCCCAUCGUGUUCCACACAGCCUCCCUGGUGCAGGACGCCCUGGAGGUCUUCCCUCUGAAGCGCUGCGACCUUUCUAUGUUUGACCUCGUUGGUUUGGAGAGCCGGGUGUCCCGCUACCAGGCAGAUGUCUUCCUGCCGCGCCACAAGGUCAGCCGUCAACUAAUCCAGGAGAUCUUGGAGUCCCCCGACCCCCCUCCGAGACCCAGACCAGUCCGUAUGAAGGUCAACAGGAUGUUUCAGCCGCCUCCUAAAAGUGACAACCGGCCGGUUCUUCUGAUGAACAAGCCGACCUGCUCCGUACCUCCAGCGGCUCAGACCCCCAAACCGGCUCCUGCCGCUGAGGCCUCCUCAGCUUCUCAACCUGCUCCUGUAGUCCAACAAGUAGUGUGUACGGUGGCGACCGCCGCGCCGCCGCGCCUCUCCAUGCACGCCACCGCUCAAAUCGCGGUGCGCUCCGGCGGCCCGAAGGCCGUGCUCACCGUGCGGCACCCCGCGGCUUCCUGCGCGGCCGGCGUCCCGGCUCACCCGAGCCCGAACCCCGGCAGCGUCCUGCCCCAGAGGGUCCUGCUCAGCCCGGACAUGCAAGCCAGGCUGCCUUCGGGCGAGGUGGUGAGCAUCGCCCAGCUGGCCUCGCUGGCCGGUCGGCCCAUGUCGUCGUGUCAGGGCAGUAAACCCGUGACCUUCCAGCUUCAGGGCAACAAGCUGACGCUGUCUGGAGCCCAGAUCCACCAGGGCCCAGCGGCUUCUCCACGCCCGGUCCAAGGUAAUGUGAUGCACCUGGUGUCCACCGGGGUGCAGCACCACCUCAUCAGCCAGCCGGCCCAGGUGGCGAUCCAGAGCAACACCACUGCCCCUCCUCCCAAUCGACUGCCCCACACAGUGCAAGUGGCCCCCUCCAUGGUGAGCAGCCCCGGUGUCGUGAAGAUCGUUGUGCGUCAGACAGCAGGCAAGGACGGCGGGCCCGUGCCCACGCUGGCCGUGGCCCCUUCCCCCCGUGUUGUUCCUCAGACAUCCCCUUCCCUGCACCCGCACGCCGCCGCCACCGCCACCCCCGUCAGAAACACCGCUCCGCUGCAGAUCGCCCAGCGCACCCCAGGUCCCGCCACCGCCCACUACACCAUAGCUCCUCCCGGAAACCCUAGCUCCGCCCCGAACCAGCUCCACCCCCCUCGCCCCGUCCUCAAAGUAGUGCAGCCUCCUCCUCCUCCUCCUCCUCCUCCUCCUCCGUCGAGCACGGAGCCGCCAGCUUCGGUUCAGGUGGCCUCCUCGUCCGCUGCGUCCAAGCCUUCGGCCGGCAGCAGCAGCCAAACGCCAGUAGCCACGAAGUCGAGGCCCAGUGCAGGCGUCAAGGCCUUCCCUCCACCCAGGAGAGUUCCCCGGCCGCCUCCCCGCUCUCCUUUCCACACGAAGUGGCUGGCCGACAGCCGCAAGCAGCAGCGCGACAGCCAGCUGGACUUCAUCAUUCGCGUCAACGAGAACCGCUGCGCGGCGAAGCCCAUGUACGGCCGGGAGGUUCUGAACUUCCUGACCUUCAUCCCCGGGCCACGCCCCUCGCCGGCGCCCCCGCGCCCCCAGAGGGAGUGGGGCCGCUCGGGCCACAGCAGCGCCCUGUACUCGCAGUGGCACAACAAAUACGACUUCUGGUUUCAGAGUCGCGCCGUGAGAGACGCCAUCAACGGCGUCGACGACAGGCUGGAGCUGCUCAAGGACAUUAUAGACCGGUUUACAUUUGCGAUUCCCCCAGUGUCGGCUCCUCGGAUCUCCAUGCACUGCUGCCAUCCUCCUCCGUCGCUGAGCCACACGCAGACGGUCUUCUCCUCCCUGCUGUCGAGUCAAGUCACUCCGCGUACUCGCAGCCUGCAUCGCAUCCAGUGCUACAUGAGGACCCAGUUCCCGGACCUGAGGCUCAUCCAGUAUGACUGCGGCAAGCUGCAGACGCUCCACACGCUGCUGCGGAAGCUGAAGACGGGCGGCCACCGAGUGUUGAUCUUCACUCAGAUGACGCGAAUGCUGGACGUGCUGGAGCAGUUCCUCAACUACCACGGGCACAUCUACCUCCGCCUGGAUGGCAGCACCCGCGUGGAGAUGCGACAGUCCCUCAUGGAGCGCUUCAACGCAGACCGCCGCAUCUUCUGCUUCAUUCUGUCGACUCGCAGCGGCGGCGUCGGGGUGAACCUGACGGGCGCCGACACGGUGGUGUUCUACGACAGCGACUGGAACCCCACCAUGGACGCUCAGGCGCAGGACCGCUGCCACCGAAUCGGCCAGACCAGAGACGUCCACAUCUACAGACUGAUCAGCGAGCGAACAGUGGAGGAGAACAUUUUGAAGAAAGCCAAUCAGAAGAGGAUGCUGGGAGAUAUGGCUAUCGAAGGAGGAAACUUCACCACGGCCUUCUUCAAACAGCAAACCAUCCGAGAUCUGUUUGAUAUGGCCGAAGGGGAGAAGAAGGAGAUGGCUGUGGAGGUAUCGGUGCCCCAAGUCGAGGAGGAGGAGACCGUCAACAAACAGAGCACCACCAUUCUGGAGCAGGCUUUGUGUCGAGCCGAGGACGAGGAGGACAUCGUGGCCGCCUCCCAGGCCAAAGCGGAGCAGGUGGCAGAACUGGCGGAGUUCAACGAGAACAUCCCCCUGGACGACGGCGGGGAACAGGAGGAGGUGGAGGAGCUCUCGAAGGCCGAGCAGGAAAUCGCGGCGCUGGUGGAGCAGCUCACGCCCAUCGAACGCUACGCCAUGAACUUCCUGGAAGCCUCGUUGGAAGACGUGUGCAAAGAGGAGCUGAAGCAGGCGGAGGAGCAAGUGGAGGCCGCCAGGAAGGGCCUGGACCAGGCCAAGGAAGAGGGCCUCAAGCUCCACGCUUCAUCCGACGAGGACGACGAUGACCUUCUGUCAACGCCGGCUUCUGCGGAGCCGAGUCAGCCAGCCCGCCGGGGCCGGAAACCCAAAGACAAGGACAAGACCGUCACAUCUACGAGGACCAGUGGGCGUCUGCGUGGGGCUUCGCCCGAAGCCGAGACUGAGCCCACCAGAGAAGUGCCUGAAAGACCCCGCUGUGGUCUGAGAGGACGAGGGACCGUCAAGGACACGAGCACCGUGUCUCCCACCGCGUCGUGCACAGACCAUCAGAAAACCUCAUUAACCAAGCUUCAAGAUUCCUCCCAAUCUUCUCCUGCCAGAGAUCACCAGCCCGUCAAAACCAGGACUCUGCCAAACCGCUCCCAUCCCAGUCCAGUGCCUUCCCCUCCGACAACCUCCCCGCCCGCUGCAGGGAAACAACAGUGUGUCGGGGAGACCGACGGCAAGACCCCCAAAGCCUGCACCGAGGACAAAAAGGUGGAGAUUGAGGUCAGGGCGUCCGAGUCGCCGCUGGAAUCCAUCUGCCCGGUGGACCGUCAGGCCAAAGAGGACGACGGCAAAGACCACAGCGCCAUGUCGCCGCCCUCCACCAGCUCGCGGUCGCCUCGCAAGCGUCAGUCGGCAGACGGCGAAGUCCUGCGGGGUCUGGUUGAAGACUGCCCGUCGGCCAAAGUCCUGCGCAAGCUUCCCGGGCGGCUGGUCACGGUGGUGGAGGAGAAGGAGCCGAGAAAGAGGAGGCGGCGAGGGAGCGGCACCGGAGGCGGAGCCUCUUCAGAGGAAGCCACCGUUGCCGCCGCUGCGGAGGGGAACCCUGUUGGCGGGGUCGACGAAACAAACAAAGGCAACGCAUCGCCGAGCCUGGACGGCAAGACCAAAGGGGCCGUUACCAAAUCUCCUCCGGACCAGGACUCGACCCCGAGUCCGACUGUGCAACCCCCGCCGGUCAGAAGCUAUCCUCCGUAUCCGCCGCACCACGUUUCUCCGGACAUGCCCGUGCUGAGGAAUCUCCCCGUGAGGCGCCGGUUGGAAACUGAAUCUCGCAUGGCCGCUCAGCUUGGAGAGCAACAGGGUCGAGGGAGGGGCUGGAACCAGUCCAGAAGAACUGACCCGCCGCCGGGCAAACCCACCGCUUCAACCUCCGCAGAGUCCAAUUCUCUUGCGACGCCUUUGAAAAGAAAGAGGGGUCGGCCCCCUAAGACUCCCCCUCGGCUAUCUGAGCCCGACACCACAGUGGCCCCUUCCCCGCAGUCUACCUCGCCAAGCGAGGAAGGGAACCCCCCCCUCUCCCCAAAACGUAAGCGGGGUCGUCCUCGCAAAGACUCCACAACGCCAGAGACUGUCGGUGAAGGACAGAACUGUAAACACGAGACCACCACUGCUGGUGUGUCUGAUGUGUCAAAAACUGAAGCUCGCACCGAGCCGGAGAGACCCCAGGAGACCCCGAAAGCUGCUGUCGUCACUACAAGUCAUCAGGACUCCCAGUCUACCAAAGCUGAGGAAACGGACACUAGGACUGAGGUUUCAGCCCCGACUCCGACUCCUUCCCCCGCAACAGAUAAAGCUCCCCCGCCGGUUUCAGUGGAGGUACCCACUGCACCUGCACCCGGUUCUGUGGUUGCCUCCUCCUCAUCGGCCACAGCUCCAAGUCCAAACACAGCAUUAACCCAGGUGUCCUGUCCCGUUGCUACGUCUCCUGCUAUCACCCCAGCCACCGCUACCCCAACUCCCACCGGUGCACAACAGACACCGGUGGUCUCCACUGCUUCUAAAGCUCCAGUAGAACCACAACCUUCAGUUCCUACAACUGGGACGGCACCCGGACCACACAACGCCACUCCAUCGGCCGUGUCGGCUUCUUCGGCGGCCGCCAACGCGGUUCCGGACUCGGUCCCCACCCCGACGACGACUACCGUGAGCGUGUUGUCAAACGCAGUCGCCGUCGCACCAGCAGUCACCACUACAGUGAAAUCGGUCACAACUAAAACGACUGCUGUGAAGGAUUUACCGCGAGCCUCGGCGGUGUCUUCGCCGUCGACCCCGGCUACCGUUACCGCUGCGCCGGCUGCCGCUCGGAAGCUUUCCCCUGCGGCUUCACCGGUCCCGUCCUCUCGCCCCACAGCGACCGUCAAAACCGCCCCGGCUGGUCCACCGGACUCCAGCACAGUCCCCACGGCGAGUCCGACCCCGCCUGCUGCUACAGCACCGUCGGUAACAACGGUCUCAUCGUCUGCUGCGAGUACAGUUGCAUCUAGUUGCAACCAAGCAAGGACUAAUGUGACAGCUACCAUACCAGUCGCAACUGCGCCACCAACAACAACAACAACAACAACAACAGCAGCAGCAACUCAAGUGGCUCAGGAAUCAGCUGUUCCGGUGGCCGGCGUGUCCUCUGCAAAACCUUGUGCUGUCCCGACUCCAACCUGCAGUCCUUCCCCAACGACAGCGUCUGCCAGUGCAGCCGCCGAGGCCGAGACGGUUGCAGUAACGACACCUCCCCCGACAGAGAAAGUCCACGAGGCGCUCCCUGUGGCAGCAGCCCCCCCCUCCAAAGAACGCACCGCUUCAACUCCCGCAACUGCAGAAAAGACUGUCAAGAUCCCGCCUCCCGGGACGACUUCUACACCAGCUCCAUCACCGACAGUCACCGCAACGACACCCCCAGCAAAGUCCACAGCGGUAGCAGCCACCGCAGCCCCCCCUGUGUCGGUGGCGUCCACCGCAGCCCCCCCUGUGUCGCUAGCGGCCACCACCGCAGCCCCCCCUGUGUCGCUAGCAGCAACUACCGCAGCCCCCCCUGUGUCGCUAGCAGCAACUACCGCAUCCCCCCCUGUGUCGCUAACAGCAACCACCGCAUCAACCCCUGUGUCGCUAACAGCAACCACCGCAUCCCCCCCUGUGUCGCUACCGGCCACCACCGCAGCCCCCCCUGUGUCGCUAGCGGCCACCACCGCAUCCCCCCCUGUGUCGCUAGCAGCCACCGCAGCCCCCCCUGUGUCGGCAGCAGCUGCCCCAACCAAAGCCAUUCCUCCGGUUUCCACCACCCGAGCGUCCGCAGUAAUUCCCCUACAAGCGUCCGGUGACGUGUCUACGACAGAAGCCCCGCCCACGACUGCCCCGACAGAGGCCCCGCCCCAGAUGCCCACAUCGGCUUCCUUUAGUGUUUCACCCGACAAACAAACUUCAGAGCAAACACAGAAAGCUUCUGCACCUCAAGGUGACCUGGACACGGGGACCGAAAUGGAAGUAGAUGCUGUGGAGGAAGGAGCAAGGACUAGCAAGGGGGAGGACGAGGACAGAAAGGAGGACACGUGUAAGUCUCUGCCUAAAAGAAGAAAGGUGGAGAGUUCCUCGGAGACCAAAGACCUGGAGCCGGGAAAGGAGGGAGAAGCGCCGCCUGCAGCCGCCCCGCAGGAAGAAGCAACCAAGCAACAGGAAGUGGAGAAAACUACCGAACAGCAUAAGCCUGCGAUCCAGAAAAGGCCUCUUAGUCGCCAGAGUAGCCGGGAGUCCACUCGCUCCUCCUCCUCCGGGGGCUCCACAUCGACCCUCACUCGCCACGCUCACCACAAGAGGACCUACGAGAACAGACUCCCUGUCAAGAAGAGGCGAAUGGACGUCACCUCGGAAACAGGCCAGGAGGAGGAGGAGGAGGAGGACAAAGAGGGCGGGCACAAGGGAGAGGAAGAGCUCACCGCCGGCUCCUCCUCCUCCCGGGGGAGGCGCUCCAGGUCCUCCUCCACCUCCUCGGACUCCGACAACGGCGAGAGCAGGAAGGAGCGCCGCUUGACCCGCUCGGCGAAGCGCGGCCUGCAAGAUCAGGAACGGGAAAAGGGCAACGGCCGGCAAGGAAAGAAGUCGGCACGCGGCGGCGGCAGAAACGCUUCGAACAACGCCGACGCGUCCACGGGCGGAGAGUCGGGCAGCGACACGUCGUCGGCUCGCGUCACCAGGAAGUCUGCGGGAUCUCGGCCUUCGCAGGACGGUAAAGCUCGGACGAACAGCGCGCCCUCGUUGCCUCCUGAGCCCGAAGUUCUGGGCAAGAGGUGCUCGGCGCUCAACGCGGCGGCCAAGCUCCUGGCGAUGAAAGGCAGGGUGGACACGCCCGGCCACACCCCUCGAAAGGCCGCCUCUUCCGACAAGAACCAAAAGCCCAAAAGCAAAAGUGUACCCGCCUCUUCUCCGAGUAACUCUCUAAAUCUAACCAAUAAUAAAAGCGGCGGUGGCGGCAAACCCUCGACGGCCAAUCAGACGAGCCGCUCGGCCUCCCGCUCCACCAGACAGUGCCCGGGCUCUCUGGUCCCACCCAUGGUUCUGGAGCACAAGAGGUGUAGAGCGUCGUCGGGGGUGAAGGAGGGCGAGGCCGAGGCGCCGUCCUCGUCCCGGGGCCACAGCGCCUGCAGCAGCAUGAGCAGCGGCGGCGAGGACGGCGGCGGCGACCGACGCGGCCGCAGCAGCCGGAGCAGCAGCAGCAGCAACAGCAGCCAGCGCACCCACAGCAUCAGCUCCCAGAACACGGAGCACCGCGAGUCCCGCGCCGCCUCCUCCGGCAGCGAGCGCGAUCGCAGUCGGUCCGAGAGCCGGCGAGGACGCCGCCGGGAGAGCCGGAGGGACCGGAGGUCUCAGAAGCUCUCGCAGGAGGCGACGAGCGGCUCGGGGACGGAGGGGACGCCGGACCGGGUGCUGCGGAGCGUCGCCGCGCUCGCCGCGGUGCAGGCCAGGUCUCCGGCCGCCAGCACUCGGUCCUAUUCCGGGCGGCACCGACACAGCAAGACAUGAUCCAGAGUGCCAAAAAAAAAAAAGAUUAAAAUAUCAAACGAAAGCAAAAUGGAGGAAGCGAUGGCGCCGUUGUCGCAUGUGUCACGACCUCCUGGGUCGCCGCCAUGUGUGUGUGUGUGUGUGUGUGUGUGUUGCACCGGACCGGACCGGACCGGACCGCCCCGCCUCUUGGAGCCCUCUCCCUCCCCCGACUGGAGCUGGUCCGCUUACCAGCUCAGCCGCUGUCAUUGCCGGGGGAAGGCUCAGGGUCGUCGGGUUUAAAAAAAGAUUUAAAAAAAAAAAAAAAAACACACGAAAAAGUAAAUUAAAAAAAAUAAAAGUGGCGCCCCCGUUUGUGCGUCGGUGCGCAGACGGCGAGCUGAGAGUCGGGUUCACAAUAUGUACUGUAA